UUAGAACAUCAGCUCUUAUCGAUGGAAUAAAACAAUCCUGCACCUAUAUGCUCGAAUGCUUUUCCUUGUUAUUUAUGCUUGUUAUUGCAGUGUCAUAUUAUAAAUGUAGUCAUUGUUGUUCUUUUUCCUGACUGAACUUUGUGGUCAAGGGGGGUUUAGUUUCCAAUAGUUUCAAGGUGCAGUAUGGAGUUCAUAGCUGAAGAAGGAAAGCUACCGAAGAGCAGUGCCGCGGGUCUCAUUCUGCCAGCUCUUUCGAUUGGAAAUGCGGGACAAUUGGCAGUGGACCUUCUGGUGUCUUCACGGAGGGCUCUUAAAAUUGGAUAUUUGGAUGAUCCGUAUGUUUUGCCCUGCGUAGGCAACGAUGCCUACGGACCUCAUCCACAAGGAGACCUAGCAGUGGCCCUAGAAGUUUAUGAAGAUUUGGAACAUGAUCUUUGCAUUAUUCAGCAAAGAUCUCCAGUGAUGAAGGGAACAAUGAUCAAAUUUGCCAAGAAUUUAUCUUCCUGGGCAUCAGCUGUGGGCAAGAAAGAAGUCAUCAUCAUUUCUAGUUUGGAUUCUGGGAAGAUGCAAGAAUAUGGCAUGAACAGUCAACAGAUCCAUUAUAUUUCCUCUGCCAAAGCAGAUGGCACAGAUGACAAAUGUGAGGAAUUAGGUUGGAAGAAACUAGAGCAGUUUGUGCCAUCACAGAAAGGAUGGCAGUAUCUGUUUUCUCAGUUGUCUCAGGAGUUUGUACAAGAUGAGUUGUUUUUAGCAGAUGAUGAAUUGACAGAUGAGGAUUACUUUUCUAGUUUGCCUUUUGCCUCUUUGUUCUCAAGCUGCCAGGCAAAAGGUUUGAAGGUUACAUGCCUUUUCUGUUUCUGCUCUGAAGGAGAUAAUAUGAGAGAUGCUUUUGUAUUGGCUGAGGCAGUAUAUAAACUGCUUGGCCUAUGUGCAAGCACUUCUGCGAGCAAUAAAAAUACAGAGUGGGUUAUUCCAUUGUCAUGGAAAUCUGUUUAUGGUCCAGGUCCAGAUAUUUCAAUAUUUUGAAGAACUUGGAUCUAUGUCUAGUGACCAGGCUGGGUUGGUAUUUUUGUUUGUUUGAAGGCACACUUCUUGCAUUUUCAAAUAUAUUUGUUGUAAUCUAUCUGGCAAAGUGCAUUGAUAGAGAGAUAUAUAGGCAGAUAUAAGCCUAGAAUUAUUCAACUCAGCUGUGACAAAGGAUGCUUCACAGGUAUUUAAUUUGAGGUUGGCCUUUCAUUUAUAGCCCUUAAAUUGUCCAGCUCGAAGAAAGAUGGACUAUCAAAUUUAUUAUAAUGGACAAGUUUAAAUAGCACUUAUAUAUUUUUCAUUUCUUGCUGGGAAGAUUGUUUUGUUACCAGAAACUUGAAAGGUGUGCCAGUGCUUUUCUUAUUCAAACUUUAUUCUUUUUGUCCAGAUAAUAUCAAUGUUAAUUGUGUACAAGCCAAUGCACCAUGUACCAUACUUAUCAGAAUCUUAUUCAAGGAGAGAAAGGAAUGAAAACAAGCCAAUGAGCCAUGCUCUAUACUUCGUCUGAAUCUUAUUUCAGGAGAGAAAGCAAUGAAAAAUGUUCUAUCAAUAAACACUGAAAUUUAUUGUUUUUCCUUUUCUGUCAUUGGGCAUUCUGGGGAGGCCUAUGUAACUGUAGCGGUACUGGUAUAGUUACCUUUCAGGUUUUCAACUAUAUAAAAAACACACAACUAAUUUGCAGUCA